UAUAGCUAGCACUUAAAAGUGCUUAAAAUUUAGGGAACUUUCGCUGUGUAUAUAAUUUUCGCCCAUUUUUCUUUUUUAAGUAAGCACAAGAAAAAUGUUUGAUUGGAUACAAAAUGGCGGCUAAGGUUGUUGGAAUUUGUUAAUUGGAAUGUCAAAUGUGACAUCAUAGGAGGUAGGGAAUCCAGCUUCAGCCAUGGAUAGGGGUGGGGGCUAUGGCCAAUCCCUGGCCCACAGUUUUAGCUUACCAAGCUUGGUAGAAGGGUCUGAGCCCAUUAGUGAGGCAGAGGAAUUUGUAGAGAUGAAGUCUUUGAGAGAAAGAGGGGACAAGGCACUGAAAGUUAAAGAUUUCACAGGAGCUAUUAAAUUCUAUAAUGAGGCGUUGGAAAUAGAUGAACAGAAUCCUGAUGUGUUGUUGGCUCGGGCAACUGCGUGUAUUGAGAUGGGAGAUUAUAUCAGUGCCCAGAGAGAUACAGAAUUCCUGAUUUCCCAGGACUCGGAAAAUCCCCAGGCAUACAAAGUUCAGGGUCUUGCCAUGAAAUACCUUCAUCAGUAUAAAGAAGCCUUGACCUCAUUUCUCACUGCACUUGACCUUGACCCAGAUAACACUGAUGAACUAACUGACCUUAUAGCAGAUGUUGCUGCAACAUUUUGCAAUAUACCUGAGGAAACUAGGAGUGCACUAAGAGAUAUGGACUCAUACAAAAAGUUAAGUGAAGUUGGUGUGAGUUUAUUCCAAGCAAAAAAAUACAAGAUAUGCAUCAAAAUACUUGACACUGCCCAGAAAUUUCAGACCAAUCAGAAGGGAAUAACAAUGAGAAUCCUCCUUACUUCGGCAAAUGCACACUCGGCACUGAAACAUACAGAAAAAGCCAUCAGUCUUUAUCAAGAAUGUCUUCAAACAGCUAUCGCUACUCAUGAUCAAAUUUAUCAAACAAAAGCUUUGGUAAAUAUUGCUACACUGUACCUGGAAAACCAUGACACUCAUCAGGCAAUAAUAUACUAUGAGAAGUUAUUGCAUUUGGAGGCAGAGCUUAUUUUGGAGACAGGAAGUGAAGAUGUUUUGCCAGAUUUCUGGACGAGGGAACUCCAGUGUGGUUUACAUCUAAAUCUUAGCAUUGCAUACAAGGCCAUUGGAAACAUGAAUGCAGCAAUUAAGCAUGCCCAAAAAUAUGUGGUAUUCAUUGAGAAAUAUAAUUUUCAAGGAAAGUUGAGGGCAGAGUCUUAUCAUAAUACUGGGAUGUUGAAUGAAAUUUUAGGCAACUAUAACAAUGCUAUUAAAAACUAUAACAAAUAUUUAGAGGAGGGGAAAAAGAAUGGGGAUAAAAAAGGCAUGGCCCAAGCAUAUGGAUGUCUUGGUAGUGUGUAUGCAGCAUUACAAAACUGGAAACUUUCUUUAACAUACCAUGAGCACUACGUUACCAUGGCAACAAGGUUCGAAGACAAACGUAUGAAAAUUAUUGCCAACGAAAUGUUGGCUGAUACAUUAAUGUUAAAAGGGGACUAUGAAAAGGCUGCAAAAGCUUAUGAAGAGAUGAUAAAUAGUUGUAUCAGAACAGACUACAGAACUCGUGCAACUGGAUUGUGUAAAAUAGGUCACGCAUAUCGUGCUUUGAAGAAAAAUCAAUAUAGUUUAUACUUUUAUGAACAGGCAUCAGAGCUAGCGGAAGAUUUUGAAUUUCCUGAAAUCGAAACUUUGAGCCAUUACAAUAUUGCUUGUAUUCACCAGCAAUCAACUCAAAUGUUGGAGUUGGAAAAAGCACUGAAAUAUUUUCAGCAGCUGGUUCCGUAUUAUGAGACAAAAAUAAGAGAACAUAUGGUGGAAGGUAGUCACUGCCCAAAGGAAUACGGGGUCCAGCUAAGUGAAUGCUAUGAUGGAAUUCAGACAGUUCAUGCAAAGCUGGGAAAUAAAGAUGAGUGCCUGCAGUUUGCAGAGGCGUACAGAAAACGUACGUUAACAACAACACAUAAUUACCAGGCAUCGGCAAUGACAAGUCAGAGUCAUACGGCACCAUGGGACAUGUGGUCUGCCGAGAGAAUGGGUCGUGUCGUGUCUCAACAAAAUAGCACUGUGCUGUAUUAUUCACUGUUGUCAGAAUACCUGUUACUGUGGGUACUUCAGCCAGGGACGGGGCUUGUGCGCUUCUACUCCAAGAAGGCUGGUAAAGAGGAAAAUAUGAUUGAGACAGUUGAGGGAUUAUUGAAAGAAGUGAACAAGGGAUGUAACUGGAAGCAAAUGACUACACUUUGUGAGAAUAAAGCUUUACCGCUAAAAUCAGGCGAGCUUGAGAUGACCAGAAGGAAGUAUCUGAAACUUAGUGAGUCAUCUCAAAAGUCUGAGGAUACAGCUGAGGAAAGCAAAAAGCUUGAGAACGAGAAAAAGUCUGAAAAAACUGUUGAAAGAAGGCUUUAUGAUUUAUUGUUUUCACCUAUUGAAGAUAUACUCUCUAAACUGCCUAAAGAAAGUCCAUUGAUAAUCGUACCUGAUAAAGCGUUAUAUAGAUGUCCGUUUAACUUACUUCAGGACUUCCUUAAUCGAUAUGCAUUUAAGAGAUUUCGCAUCACAUACUUGCCAAAUUUGUUACUCCUAGAUAAGGUAGUGGCAAAUGAGUUGAAUCAUCUACGUUUAAAAGACGAGCUGGAUUUUUCAAGGCAGGUUCAUAAAAAGGGAGGACUUCUUAGCUUGACAAAUAAAUACUUAGGGACGGACCUAGGCGGUGCACCUUCAGUCAGAUCAUCCGGCAUGGUUGCGGACAUAAAUGCGAAGCAUCUGUCACAUCCUAGGUUGCUGACUCGACCACCUCGGACACCAAUGGUGCCACCAAAACCAGGGCAUCUACCAACUCAACGGACCAUGUAUGAGGAAGAUUUCAAGAAACACUCACAGUGGAAAUCACCAAGGACUGGCAGAGCACCUCUAGAUUCUUUCCGUGACUCUUACCGUAGUUCUCUUAAUACAAACCGGACACUAGCUGCUCAGCCAACAUUAGACCGAAUGUUCAGUAUUGGUUCAUUUACAACAAUCACCACGGAAACAUCAACAGGAACUGACAUAACAAGUUCAACCUGCACAGUGACGAAGUUUCAGCAAGUUAGUUGUCAAGAUCGUUGUCUUGUCUUCGCCAAUCCAAAACUGCCAGAAAGCCUAAUGUUGCAUGAUAAAGUAUGGAAGCCGAGUCUGGAAGAAUUAUCCUCGGCAAAAAGAGAGGCACUGAAUGUCGCCACAUUAUUAGAUGUUAUACCAAUAUCUGGACUGGAUGCUACUAAAGAAAGGUUCCUGAAAGAAAUAGAGAGAGCUUCUGUAGUGCAUAUUGGUACAUACGGAUGUUGGCACGAAGGGUUGAUAGCAUUUGCACCAUCCCCGGUAGAUGCUGGUGAAGGUAUACCCACGGAGGACUCGUAUCUGAUUAGUGCUGAUGACAUUCUGGGACUCAAACUUACAGCCCAGCUUGUGGUACUCAAUAUGGGCUAUAACCCCUACAGGAAGGAAUGUAUACAAUCAGGAUAUCUUCUACCCAGUGCAUUUAUUGCUGCAGGUGCUCAGUGUGUUCUCACAAACAUGUGGCCACUACCGGACAUUGCGGUGGAGAAGUUUUACACCAGUUUUUAUCUCGCCUUACAAAGUGGAGCUCAAUCUGCCACGGCCAUCUCUACUGCCAUUGAAGCUCUUAAAAAUGAUGACAGGUACAAUGACCCGUUGUAUUGGAGUGCCUUUGUUUUGAUAGGAAAGGAUGUGUAUGUAAACCUGAGUGAGAUUAGGCAUGCAAUGUUAGAUCAAAAUAUUGACCAAUCAGAGGCUGAGAUUGAGGAGGAGACUGGCAAAGAAUAUUUGAAUCCUAAACCAGUCCUGGCACCAGUGAAGAAAAAGGAUGAGAAUCUUCAUGAGUUACAGCGCCACCUAGGAACAUUGUUACGUAACCAUGCCAAACAGCCACAAGUCUUGUUUGAUCUCGUUGACUUGCUUGACAGCUCAUUAAAGAGACUUCAUACUGAGGAUAACAAUAAGCAGACGACACUUCUCACUGAUAAUAUUAUGACUGGAGAGGGUGCCCUUGACCUUCUUAAAUUGCUUGGCUUCCAUUUCCAAUCUAAAGGGACAUCAAUCAUCAAUCCAUAUGUGAUUUAUCCUCAUUGGAAUAGGGAUGAACUACUUAUACCAACAUAUGAUGCUCUAAGGUCAUUGCUUGAAAUAACUGAUUGUAAAGAGUUGGUUCAGAGUGUUUGUGGUGUGUUACCUAUAACACAGGAUAACAUCUCUCUCAUCAUAGAUCUGCUCAGUGUGACAAAGCAUGCUCCAGAGAUUCAGUUGAAGGUUUCGGACCUGUCAGUGCGGCCUCUGUGGGUAAACAUGAAACUGAAGAAAGUUCUGAUUGCCACUGGGUUUCAUCAGAUAGGCAUGCUGCUCAAUUUUAACAGAACACCAGAUAAUAGGAAGUUGAUGUCAGGUCUAUUCCAGUUGUUAUUGUCCGUCAGUCAGUCCAAGAGUCAAGUUCUCCUAUACAGACUGGAUGUUAACUUACUGGGCAAUGCAUCAGAAACAAAGUCGAUAUCUGAUUACCCGGAGAUUACUAGAUUGCCAUCACUAGCCCCAUUAAUAUUACCCAGGAACCAGUUACGUAUGAGCACACCAUGGCUGAGUAAAACAGAAACCCAUAUUGAAAUGGAUGAGAAAAUAAAACUGGCCAGAAAUCGCUCUGAUUUGGAUGAGAAUUUUAAGGACUAUCUAGAGAGAGCUAAGACUUGGCAUCAGAUGACAGUAGUUGCACAGGCAAACGAAUCACUGGAUGAAUAUGGCCGGCCAAAAUCCUCCCCACAGAAGGUCAAAGUGUUGCCAGGGGGUACAGCAUCUAGAGCUCGGGUACCAGUAGAUGAGAAAGUGGUCCUUUUGAACCCAGAGGUGGAUCAGCGUAGAGAUUACGCUCACUAUGUGUACAGUGAGAGGGUACAAAAUAUCGGCACUCGGCAUAGAAACGAGGUCUUGAAACUUUACCUGCCAUAUGUAAACAGCUGCUGAGAUGUUUAUUCA